AUGACUACCUGUAAUAAAGCACAAAAUAAUACGAGCCGACCAGAAGAAGCAAGGCUUAGAUUACCAGAUCCUGGACACAAUCUUCCUAGAGAUGCAAAGGCACUUGACUCGGAUCUCUGUCAAAGGAAACACGCGCGUACAAAUAACCCCGAUAAAACUGAACAAUUAGAAAUAUGUGUCCCACCUGAACAACUGGAUCUAGUGAAUGAUCUCAUCUUCAUCCCACUUAAUCAAUUUGAGAUUGUGCCAAUGAUGGAUUUUAAUAUUGGAAACUUAUAUUUCUCAUUCACAAAUCCAUCUUUGUUUAUGCUACUAACUAUUAGUUGGGUCCUACUUUUGGUUUAUUUUGUUACUAAAAACGGAGGAGAAAACUCAGUACCAAAUUCAUGGAAAUCCCUGGUCGAGCAUAUUUAUUAUUUUGUUCUGAACCCGGUAAACGAAAAAAUAGGUGGUAUUUCCGGAAAUGUUAAACAAAAGUUUUCCCCUCACAUCUAGGUCACUUUUACUUUUUUAGUUUGUAAUGACCAGGGUAUGACAAAUUAUAGCUUCACAGUUACAAACAUUUUUCUCAUUAUUUUGGGUCUCUCAUUUUCAAUUUUUAUUGGCAUUACACUAGUGGGAUUUCAAAAUAAUGGGCUUCAUUUUUUAAGCUUCUUAUUACCAGUGGGAGUCCCGCUGCCAUUACAACCUUUUUUAGUAAUCCUUGAGGUUAUCCCUUAUUGUUUUCGAGCAUUAAGCUCAACAAUACAUUCAUUUGGUAAUAUGAUGGCCGGUCAUAGUUCAGUAAUGAGUUUAACAUUUGCUUGGACUAUGCUAUGUAUGAAUGAUAUUUUCUAUUUCAUAGGGGAUCUUGGUCCUUUAUUUAUAGUUCUUGCAUUAACUGGUCUGGAAUUAGGUGUAGCUAUAGCACAAUCUUCAUCAAAGUGCUUAUUUUUAUAA